AUGUCAACGACGGUGACAGAAGCCACGCAAACGCCCACCGCCAUCGCGGUAGGAAGCCCUAUCCAACCACCCCUAGCGAGCAGCGACAAAACCUUCCAGGCUCUCGCCCGCGGCAACCGCAAGGGAACCCUCAAGCUGCGCGGAAUCCCAACCUUCACGGAUCCCUAUGAGCAGCGGAAAUGGAUGAAAGAGCACAUGGCAGCUGCGUUCCGAUUCUUCGGUAAACGGGGUUACGGCGAGGGCGUUUCGGGGCAUAUUUCCAUGCGAGACCCCGUCUUAAAGGACCACUUUUGGAUGAACCCCUUCGCUCAGCACUUCUCAACCAUCAAAGCCUCGGAUCUGGUCCUGGUUGACAGCGAGGGAUACGUAGCUGACGGGGGCAACCAGGCCCCCAUCAACGAAGCCGGGUUCAUGAUCCAUUCGGAAAUCCACAAGGCUAGACCGGAUGUUGUGGCUGCGGCGCAUACACAUGGUAUUUAUGGGAAGACGUGGAGCGCAUUCGGGAAAACCGUUGAGAUGUUGUCUCAGGAUGCAUGCAACUUUUACGGGAAGCAGGGCGUGUAUGAUGACCAUGGGGGCAUUGCUCUUGCGCAGGAAGAGGGCGCUGCUAUUGCAAAGGCUCUUGGGAAGAAUAACAGCGUGUGUCUGCUGCAGAAUCAUGGCAUCCUAACCACCGGAGCCACCGUCGACGAAGCGGCCUUCCUCUUCUACAGCCUUGACCAAGCAUGCCACUCUCAACUGCUUGCCGAAGCCGCAGCUGCAAAUGGGGUUCCUAAGAGGGUUAUCCCCCAUACCGUUGCACAGUAUACGGCUGAUUCGGUGCAGAAUCCGCAUAACUUUUACACUGAGUUCCAGCCUGAGUUUGAUCUGAUUGUGGAGGAAUCGGGUGGGAAGGUGCUUGAAUAAAGUAUGCUUUUAAUGCUCAUAGAGAGGUCAGAAAUGAGGGAAGCCGGUAGUUAAAAUAGGCAGUUUAUUUC